AUGGUAGCCAGGGAUCCUGAAGACUGCUCGACAGAAGAGGCAGGCGGAAUACAACAUGUAUCACCUCUAACACAAACUAUUUUUGUGAAAGAAGGAGCCACUGCAAAGCUCCUGUGUCCUCAGCGAACAGAAACAAUUUCAACAACAUGGACAGGUCCGGUGUCUGAAAACCCUAUUGCAGAUGGCCGACAAAUUAGCUAUUUUUUCAAAGCUGGCAAAUUUAGCGUGACGGGUAAUUUUUCAAGCGGCGAAUCCAUUCUGUUAAUAAAUACUGUAACAUCAGAUGACCAGGGAGACUAUACUUGUGAUAUUGUUGUAGACGGCAUGCCCUUGCAGCACACAGUACGGCUGAUAUUGGAACAACCACCGACACAAAUGAUGAUCAGUGGAUUAGACAACUUUGGCCGAAAACAUGGACAAGAGGGACAACGCAUUGCUCUUACAUGUACUGUUGAAAGUGGACAACCAGAGGAAACAAUGUUAUGGACUAGAAAUGGAACAGUCGUUAAAGUCGGAGGUCCGAGGAUCUUGAGAUUCGAUUGGAUUGCUACUCGGUCAGACAAUUUACUGAAUUAUACAUGCACGGCAAAUAAUUCAGCAACAAAUGACCCACUAAUGAAAACCGUACAACUCGAUAUAGCAUAUACACCAGUCUUGUCAGCAAACGGCAGUAAAGAAAUACAACAUUUUGAAGGUCAAUCUCUAUACGUCACGUGUGAUCAAAGCAGUAACCCCCCAUCGAGUGAACCAAAAUGGUGGCAUGUUGAUGUAAUGAGCAUAAAACGAUUGUUUUCAAAUAGCCGUAUCCUCUACAUCAAUGUCAUCACGCGACGAGACACUGGAAUAUACAUAUGUGAAGCCGCCAAUACUAUAGGAACUGGUUCAACAAACAUCAGUAUUAACGUCCUUUAUCCACCAACUGUUCGUAUUGACUACAACAAUUACACCGAGAAUGAAAACAGAAGAGAAUUAUUGUGCGUAGCUAAUGGAAAUCCAGAUAAAUAUACAUUCAGUCAGUGGGAUCAAAAAUCACAAUUUGGAGAACACAUUCGAUUCAUUGAUGGAUAUACGAACGGAAGUCUCGUCCUCCCAGCCACUCCAACCAAAAGCUAUCAAGAUGCUGGUUUCUAUGUUUGUACAGUCAGUAACGGAGUACCCGAUACACAUGGUCAAGUGAACCAGUCAACUGAUGCUUUUCUAUCUGUACAAGGAAAACCUGUUUUUAUAGAGGGAAACAAGAAAAUAUUUUACGGCAUAGUUAAUGAGCCAACAUAUAUUCGUUUAGAAGUAUAUAGUGUUCCUAAAGUUACGGAUAUACAACUGAAAGAUAUAAACGGUGUCAUCGUGAACCGACAGAGAGAUGCUGUUAUAACAGAUGAGUCAGCUCUGUUAAGAUUCAAAUUUCACAACACAUUAGUGAAGGUAAAUGGGUAUCAGCUAAAAAUCCAUUUCUCAACGUUUUCACAAAGGGAUGUCGGAAAGUACGCCUUGGAUAUAUCUAACAGAUAUGGAAAGGAUACCACAAACUUUACAAUUCAGGCUGCUAGUAGAGAAGAAGGCAUGUUCACAAUAUUUGCUGUAAUAAGCAGUGCUGCAGUAGUUUUUAUAAUUCUCCUACCUGCAGUAUUAUGUAGUUGCAUUAGAAACCGAUGUUCUGGUGAAGUAUCAGGAUUUAGACCAAGGACCAUACCCACUGAUGGUCCAAGUAUAUAUGAUGAAAUUCCUUCUGAUCACAUUCCUGACAAUUUCGUGCCGAUAAAUACUAUAGAGUCAAAUGACGAAGUGGGGAUAUUUACAAUGCCGCGAAUACAGGUCGAACGUCAAUUGGAGACCAAAUCCGAUGUUUAUAUUUCUGAGAGUGAAGUAUAUCAAGUGAACGAUGACCAUUUAGAACCGUGGGUAAAAAGGCAAUCGGUAUCCGAUUCAUUGGAUUCUGGGAGUGAUGUGUGUGCAUUAAAUACUUAUUAUUUACAUCAAAAUGUAAAAAGUCAAUCGGAGUCUAGUUCAUGUAAUUCCGGAAGUGACAUUCUUAAAGUAAAUGACGACUAUUUACAUCCUUAUGUGUCCCUUAAGCCCAAUUGGAAAGAAAUCUCCAAAGCUGAAGGGUUGUACAUGCAACACGUUAAAUAA